AACGAUCGAUUUAUCUGCAAGCAGCUUGUCAUCACUGAAUUCCACCUGUGCGCCGUGUUCACCCAGUUACCCACAGAAACUGUAAUAUCCCCAGUCUACAGCCAUGGCAGAUCCAAGAAUACGGCAAAUUAAGAUUAAAACCGGCAUCGUUAAGAGGCUGGUGAAAGAGGAGAUGUCGUACAAAACUGAGGCACAGCAGCAGGAGGAGAAGAUUGAGCGCCUGAAAGCGGAGGCAGGAGAUCUUUAUGUGAUCAAGAAACAGAUGGAGGUGUUGCAGGAGUCCAGGAUGAUGAUCCCAGACAGCCACCGCCGUUUGACCAUAGCUCACGCAGAUCUGCUUCAGUUAUUAGAAACAGAAGAGGAUUUGGCCGAAUCAGAGGAGUACAAGGAGGCUAGAAACAUUCUGGACUCAGUGAAGCUUGAAGGAUGAUUUCUGAUCUGUGUCUGUUCUCACUGUGAGAUUCACUUGCUUUAAAUGUCCAUUCCUUUCGUCAGGCUCUGUUUGCAACCGUGGAGGCAAACUGAAUCCAUUCAGAGUCUCUGUUCUUGAUGUAAUUAUUUUUACUGUUCACCACUAACGUGCCAGCACAUUUGAUCGAGCCUCUCCUGUGAGUAAAAUCCCACAAGAACACGAUAAAUCAUUCAGUUUAUCGCAGUAGAGGAGUAAAAAGGUUUUUCUUAUGACAUUAAUUAGCAUACUAAUACACAGUCUGGACUACAUAGGCAUGAUUAAACACACACAUGUUUGUUGUCUUUUCCGCAAACAUUUUUUGUUGGUGCGGGUCCACUGCAGGAUUGAUUUAUAAGUAGGAAGGUUUACACUGGUUGCUAUUGUAAACAGUGAAAGACUGCAGAUCUCUGUAGAAGCUCCAGUGUUUUAUGAAGUGACAGAUUAAUACAUUUUGAAUUUCUUUUGACAUGUAUCUGAUUUGGUUAAGUUUUGAGGACCUUUAUUGUUUCUAACCCUUGAUGAUGAUGAUGAGACAUCCCAGAAAACUAACCAGAGCUGCAACUGACAAUUGUUUUCAUUGUCGAUUUAUUCUUUCGAUUAAUUGUUUAAUUUGUAAAAUGUCAGAAGGGAAAAGUACCCAUCACAAGUUACCUGAGCUUGUUUUGCGAAAACACAAAUAUAUUCAGCUUACAGUGAUUAAAAAAACAGCUGAAAAGCAGCAAAUUAUCACAUUUGAGAAACUAAAACCAGUUAAUGUUUGGCUUUUUUUGUUGCUUGAAAAAUUACUAAAACAAUUAAGCAAUUAUCAGAAUUGUUGGGGAUUGUGAAUUUCUUUCAACUAAUCUAUUAAUAAACUGAUUGUUUCAGCACUAACACUAAGUGAUGGGUUUAAUUGCACCAUGUAUUCACUUGCUGGUGUUCCUGUUAAGAGCAGUGAAAAUGGAUUGUCUUGAUACCUACAAUAAAGACCAGAGCACUCUGGGCA